AUGAAAAAUUGUCUUUUCUUCACUUAUAAGUAUAAAGAAAAUGGUGUUUCAUUCAUUAAAUCAUUUUUGAAUUUUUCCAAAUUUUAUGGUGUAAUAUUUUGUAGAAAUAUUCACAUUCAAUUAAGCUUAAGAAAAAAAAAAAAAAAAAAUGUAGAAAGCAAAAAUGGUUAUAAUAGUUAUACUACAACAUGUAUAGAUUAUGUUGAAAAUAAAGGAAGAUCUGAUAUAAUUUUAAAAGGCAAGAAUAAUUAUUUGACACAUGGAUAUAUAAAUAAUGAUUUAUAUAAAAAUGUUGUAGAUAAAGAAAAAAUAGUAAUAAAUAAAAAGAAAAGUAAUAAUAAUAAUAAUAAUAAUAAUAAAAUAAAUUCUUUUCUGGUUCAAUCAUUAAAAAAUUAUAAUUUGUUUAAUAUAUAUUUGGAUAAAAUAAGAAAAUAUAAUUGUCAUAAUAAUAAUCUCAUAAAAAAAAAAAUAAUCAAUAUUAAUAGUAUAAAAUAUUUUGAUUAUUAUAUUUAUUUAUACAAUAUAGACGCCUUACUCAUAUAUACAACACAUAAAUUUCAUAUGUUUUUAAAAGAAAAAAAUAAAAAAGGAUAUUAUACUUUAUCAAAUACAUAUAAUAUUUAUAUAGAAAACUUUUUAAAUAUUUUUAUACAAUUUAAUUUUAUUUUAAAUGAUUUUCUUUUAUUUAAAGGAGAAGCAAGUUCUAAGCAAUAUUUUAAUAAUAUAUUGGAUAUAUAUAUAAAGUAUAAUCCACAUAUUUUACUGAUAAGACAAAAUAUUAAAAAAGAUCAGGAUAAAGUAAUAUGCUGCAAUACAUAUUAUAAUGAAGAUUUCUUUAUAAAGGUUCUAAAAAUAAUUAAAAUAUUCAAUCAGUUUAAAUUCUUUAGUAAAUUGAAAAAUAUUGACAUUAAUGAUUAUUUACAAAAAUAUUCAGAAAAAACAAAUUGUACAAAUAUAUUCUAUCCUAUCAAAAAUAAUAAACCUAACGAUAAUAAAAAUGUAAUAAUAAAUAAGAGAGAUGAAAAUGAUGUAUUCUAUGAAUGUAUGCGUUUUACUGAUGAAACGGAUUGUAUAAGUAAGGAAAAUUAUAAUUUUUUAAAAAGUUUAAGAAUUUUUGAUGAGGGUCUUAUGAAUGAAAUUGGAUUAGAAGAAUACUUUAAAAAUAAAAGUCAAGAAGAACACAAAAAAAGGUUAAUAAAAAAAAAUAAUAUUAAUAAUGAUGAUAAUAAUAGUGAUGAUAAUAAUAAUAAUAAUCAUAAUAAUAAUCAUAAUAAUAAUAGUGAUGAUAAUAAUAAUGAUAAUAUUAUUCUUCAUUUAAAAUUUAUGAAAUCAUUUAGCUAUAUCUUAAAAUGUUUAAUAAAAUAUUUAAAUGAAGAUGGUAUAUCCAAAUUAUUUAUGUAUUGCACGGUUCUAUUCGAUAAAAAUAUGGAUAAAGAUAUUAUUUGUUUCUAUAAACAUAUGUAUGAGCAUGUGAAGAAAAUGAACAAGAUUAGUAAUAAGAAUAUUGCUUAUAUAUUAAAUGGUUGUAAUUUUUAUUUAGGUGCUGAAAAUAUAAAUUUAAUAAAACAUAUAUCAAAUGAUAUAUUAAAAAAUAAUAGAGUUAUUUAUUAUAAAGAGAAGAAAAGAACAUUUAAGAAUAUAAAUAAUAUUGUACCAUCACAUUUAGAAAAUAUAAUAUAUACAUUUUCAAAAAAUCGUUAUAAGGAUAAAAGAAUGUUUUUGUUAUUUACUCAAGUUAUAAAAGAAAAAUGUGAAGGUUUUUCUUGUAUUACUUCUAUAAAUAUAUUAUAUAGUUUUGCUAAUUUAAAUUAUGAAGAACUUGUAUUUAAUGUACUUUAUGAAAAAAUGAAAACAUUUGAUUUUAUAUCAUUUAUGAUGUGUAAAGGAUUAAAUAUAAUUAAAUUAAUAAACACCUUAUUAUUAAUAGAAUUUAGAAAUUUCCAUAAUAGUGGUAUAAAAAAAAUGAACCCUUUUAUAUUAACACAUACUCAAAUUAAGAGAAUAUGUGAAGAAAAAAGUAUAUUCAAUGAUUACAAUAAUAGUCAUACCUUUAAAAAUGAUAAUAUAGAAAUAAUAAAAAAAAAAAAAGAACAUAUAAUACCAACAAACAAAAUAUAUCUAAAAACUGAUAAAAUGAUAUAUAAAACAUUGCUCGUUUCAUUAUUAUAUGAAAAAAAAUGUUUUAAAAAUUUAGAUAAUAAUAUAUAUGAAAAUAAAAUUCUAGAUAUAUAUAAAAAAUUAAUAAGAUUAAACAUAAUUUGUGUAAAGGACAAAAAGGAUUUAUUUAUUUUAAAGAAUAUCAUAAAAAAGAAUUAUCAAAAGUUAAAUAUCGACGAAUUUGAUAAAUAUUUUGUUUUUUCAUUUAUUAAUGCAAAUAUGAACAAAAUAAACGUUCAUAAAUUAAUCUAUACAUUGCAACAAUAUAAUAAAUUAAUCAAUGAAAUGAAUAUAAUAAAUGAAAGUACAAAAAAAAAAAAAAAAAAAAAAUUAAUAUAA